AUGGCGGAGCAGCCCAUCUGUGAGGACUGUACGCAUGGCUCCACUUCGUCCAUAAAUUACACAGGGCACGUCCUUUCAUCGUGUUCUCGACUAUGGGACUGGGUCUCCAAACAGCAGGAGAUCGUGAUCGAUGGAGAGUCGCUUGAGGUCAAUGCUGUGGCAGCUGUUGCCAGGUUUGGACUUACGGCACAUUUGACAGAUGACUACAAAAUUCUCGCCAAGCUGGUGGCAAGCGUCGACUUGCUGAACCGAAAACUCGCUGAAGGGGAGACAGUGUACGGAGUCAAUACCGGGUUUGGAGGCAGUGCUGAUGCGCGGACGAAUGACCAUGAGAUGCUGCAGAAGGCCCUAAUUCAGCACCAUAACGCCGCGGUGAUCCUGCCGUUAGACAAAAGCAAGUCCGCGUCCCCACUACUCGACGGCCUGAAAAAGCAUUGUCUUUCACGGCCCGUUGUGCGGGCCUCGAUGCUAACGAGAUGUAACUCUCUCGUCAGAGGCCACUCUGCCGUACGGACCCAGGUUAUCCACAACAUGUUGACUCUGCUGGCUCACGAUUUUACACCAGUCGUGCCUUUGCGUGGCAGUAUAUCCGCCUCCGGCGACCUCACCCCGCUGGCGUAUGUUGCUGGAACACUGGAGGGGAACCCUGACAUUUUCGUGGACUGUGGUCGGGACCAUGGCCAUGAGAUUCUUCCAGCUGACCAAGCACUUCAAAAGGCAGGCCUGCAGCCCAUCUCCUUUUGGCCCAAGGAGGGGCUGGGCCUACUUAACGGGACAGCGUUCAGCGUGGGUGCUGCAAGUCUGGUAAUCCACGAGGCCAAUCAACUCGUUCUGUUCUCGCAGGUUGUGACAGCCAUGUGCACCGAAGCGCUGCUUGGGACUAGACGGAAUUUCCAUCCGUUCAUUGCGCAGGCUCGCCCUCACCCGGGCCAGCACGAAGCGGCUAGGAACAUGUUCCAUUUUCUAGCCGACUCGGGCCUCGUGUCCAAUUCUCAUCCUGAGAGUACUGGACUUGCACAAGACCGAUAUGCUCUGCGCACUUCAUCGCAGUGGAUCGGCCCGCAGAUCGAGAACAUGGAGCUGGCGUCGCUACAGAUCCAACGGGAGCUGAACUCUACAACCGACAAUCCCCUGCUAGACACCGCCAGCGACGAGGUCCAUCAUUGCGGCAACUUCCAGGCCGCCUCGGUCACCUCGGCUAUGGAGAAGACCAUGACGGCCAUGCAGAAUAUCGGUAGAAUGGUGUUCUCGCAGUGCUCGGAGGUGCUUAACCCCAUGCUCAGCAAGGGCCUACCGCCCAAUCUCUGCCCUGACGACCCUAGCCUCUCAUUUGCCUUCAAAGGCGUCGACAUCAACAUGGCGUCCUACAUGUCCGAGCUCGCAUACCUCGCCCACCCUGUCAGCAACUUCGUCCAAUCAGCCGAGAUGCACAACCAAGGCAUCAACUCCCUGGCAUUGCUCGCCGCGCGCUACGCCGCCGACGCUGUCGAGGUCCUCUCGCUUAUGAUCGCCACCUAUAUCUAUGUGCUCUGUCAGGCCCUCGACCUGCGUGCCAUGCACCUCGAGUUCGAGAAUCUUGCCAAAGAGGACCUACACGCCGUCACAAAGAAAGCCCUGGGCAACAUCGUGACAGAGGCCCACCUCGGCCCCAUCUCCGACGCCCUCUGGUGCGAGCUCAUGGCACACUGGAAUUGCCAUCUCACCUGCGAUCUGGCCAAGCGUGCAGACCUGGCUGUGACCCACUCGCUCGGGAAGCUAUUCAGCCUGUCCAAAACCUAUGUCGGCCGCUGGGUCAUCGACAUCGCCCCCAUGCUCCAGGAGUGGCAGAACAGCGUGCGCACCAUGCUCGUCAAGAAUUACAACUCCGUGCGUACCGCCUUCUUUGACGACCCGACUACCGAGAAGUAUCUCUGCAGCGCUUCAAGACAGGUCUACGUCUACGUGCGGCAGCAUCUCGGCGUGCCGAUGCACCGGGGUAUCAUGGAUCAUCCUACAUACCCGUUUGAGAAAGCAAACGACAAUAACAAGAAGAAGUCUAUUGGUUCGCAGAUCAGCAUCGUGUAUACGGUGCUACGGGAGGGGAACAUGAGCGGGUUGCUGAUCAAGUGCUGGGGCCAGCGCGACACGGGCUUCUUCCAACAACUGACGGUGGACAGCUCUACACAAAACCUAUUGAGCUCGGACGAGUACUAUCACUCGAUGUCGCCAGGCGACAAAGGGCGAGAGGGGGCCCCAACGACGGUGUCAGAUUGUCUUGAUACGAGCCCGUUGCCAGUGGAGAACGGCGUCUCGUGCAAGCUCAGCAAGCGCAGGAGUCUGGGGCACUAUGUCAAAGUCGGCAUGGCCAAGUGCAUGCGGUGGUCAUCGACACGGAUUAAUGGGGAGAAAAGCGUCCCCCAAAGCCAUCAGGGAUAG